GAUCAAUUGCAUUUAUGCAAGGUAAUGCUGAAAGUAACAGAUAAAACUAUUAACAGUUUUAUAGAGUCAGAGCUGCUCAAUAAUAAAAAUGCACCAAAAGAGCAACCUUUUGCAACCGAGCAACCGAAAAAGCAUUCAAAUUUGAUGGAUGCAUUUCCACUCUUAACUAUGGACGAAUUUAAAGCCGUUGAGAAAAAAUUAAAGAACGACGACACUUACCGUUCUCGAUUGAUUGAAUCACUCCGUGCAGAAGUUGUGGGUGAUACCCUUCAAAGAAUGAUUAAUUCGGUCAUGCGAAUCAUAUUCGAUGAUAAAUUAGCAUCUCUUUUUAAUUGGAAGGGCCAAAGAGGGGAAAAACAAAAAUUAAACGGACAUCGUAUCAACAAAGUAAUGAUAGAAAUAGUGGCCGAAAAAUUCCCGAAAAUUAAUGAGAUUAUAUUUGGCAGGAAAGCCGGGACAUGGUUAUCUCAAGCCCCCUCACGGAUACAAAAAAAGAAAUGUAAUAAUAACGGCGGCGAUAAGAAAGAAGAUAUAGAAAGCGACAAUGAUUGUGAUGCAGACAGAUGUAACAAUAGCAGCGACGAUGAAGAAAAAUAUACGAAAAGCGACGAUGAUUGCGAUGCAAGUAAAAGUAGUGAUGCUUCCAAAAGCGGUAAUGAAGAGAUAGAUCCCUGAAAAUAGCGACACUGGGAAUUUCUAACUAAGCUACUUAUUCUAACUUUUACAUAUAAUUACAUAUAAUUAACAUACUUUUAUAAUUACAUGUUUUGUAUUUAUA